CAAUAGCUCUUCUUACAUGAAAUAAGGGCACUUAGUCCUGCGUGGAAGUAUUGUAAAAUAAUUGAAGACUUUAAAUAAUUCAUUGACUAUAUUCACAAUGGAAUCUACUGCUUCGCUAAGCAAUUCUGUCGGUAAAAUGACGGCAACGCUUCUUAAGUUUAAUCCUCAUGCCAGUUUACAAUCACAACAGCCUAAUACGAUACCGGUGGAACCGAAAGAUGCAAAUCAUGAAAUCAAGUUACAGAAUGUUGUGGCCACGGUGUCAGUUGCUUGCGAACUAAAUCUUCGGGAUAUUAACAAUCGUACCCGCAAUUCGGAAUAUACACCAUCACGUUUUCAUGGUGUUGUAAUGCGCAUGCGAGAUCCGCGAUGCACUGCCUUAAUAUUUCGUACUGGUAAAAUUAUCUGUACUGGAGCACGUAACGAAGUUGAAGCUUCCUUAGGUGCGCGAAAAUUUGCUCGCAUAUUACAAAAACUCGGAUAUCCAGUUAAAUUCACUGACUAUCGACUACAAAAUAUUGUAGCCACAGUGGAUUUGCGUUUUCCGAUACGCUUAGAAAAUUUAAACCAAGUUCAUGGACAGUUCAGCUCAUAUGAACCUGAAUUAUUUCCUGGUCUAAUAUAUAGAAUGGUCAAACCGCGCAUGGUCCUAUUGAUAUUCGUUAACGGUAAAAUUGUAUUUACAGGAGGAAAGGCUAAAAAAGACAUUCUGGAAUGUUUAAAUUUAAUUUAUCCUAUUUUAUUAAGCUUUCGUAAAAAUUGAGGUAAACAAGACCAAGAUUUGUUGUGCAAAAGCAAGAGCAUUUAUUUAUUCUACUUUACAAAGAGUCAUGUCUUUUUUUGAUCGAGGAUUUGUUUUUUUUUUUUUUUUUGUUUUAUUGUAAAUAUUUUAAAUUUAUAGGCGAUUAUGUAAACGAAAUUCAAAGAUAUAUAAGAUAUAAGCAAAAAGUUCGUUCUAAGAUAUCAUUUUUGCAAAUAUUAAAAAGUUGACCUUUAUUUUAAACCUUACAAAUGCUGAUUUCGAUAUUUCGCUUUCCAAACAUACCAAACAUACGAGUGCCAAACUUUGUAACGUUUCGCUUCGCUUAAUCUGUUUACCGUUAUGCAUUUAACGGUUAAAAAACACAUACGAUGUAGACCUACAUCGCAACGCAUUUAAAGGCUAAGUAUUAUAUCAUAGCCCAUGAAAUAAUUUAUGAAAGGCAGAAAAUGGAUCCUACUCAGAGCAAAAAGUAAACUUCAUGACUUUUCAAACUUAUGGCACAACAAUUUAAUAAAAUAUGUAGUGGAACGUAUGUGAUCUCAUUCUAUGAGGAAGUAAUUUAAAUGAAAUUUGGACAUAAAUAGCACUGUAGUAAGAGUAGCUUCUGGAAACUAACGUAUCCUUAGAUGAAAGAAGUUUAUUACGAUUGGAUAUCUGACAUUGUAUUCUUCAUACUGUUUUCUUGUUUAAAUUAGUG